UAAAAAAAUUAUUUUAUAUCUCAAUUAAAUUUUAAAUAAAUUUAUUCUAAAAUUAAUUUAACUUUAAUACUCAAUGGAUAAGGAAAGAUAACACGGAUGUAAUAAUUUAUUUAUUUUUAUUUUUCAGUAUUUAUAGAGACAACAGUUACAUUAGUUUUCUUACAUUUCCCUGUCUGUGUGUUAAUAUAGAAAAAAUCGCCCUUCGUCCACAACGCCAUGGAAAACAGCCCACAGCAAUCGGCGGCGAAUGCAGCGGCGGCGGCCGCGGCUGCAGCGGCUCAGUCCGGUGGGUACCCGACACAGCCACCGUACCACCACCUCCUUCAGCAACAGCAGCAGCAAUUGCAGAUGUUUUGGAACUACCAGCGCCAAGAAAUCGAACAGGUUAACGAUUUCAAGAACCACCAAUUGCCUCUCGCACGAAUCAAAAAGAUCAUGAAAGCUGAUGAGGAUGUGCGUAUGAUCUCCGCUGAAGCCCCCAUUUUGUUUGCGAAGGCAUGUGAGCUUUUCAUUCUGGAACUCACUAUUCGUUCGUGGCUUCAUGCUGAGGAGAACAAGAGGCGGACACUGCAGAAGAACGACAUCGCUGCCGCGAUUACGAGGACGGACAUUUUCGAUUUCCUUGUUGAUAUUGUUCCUAGGGAUGAGAUCAAGGAAGAAUGUGCGGGUCUUGGUCCUCCUGGUAUGGUGGGGUCCACAGCAAGUGGUGUUCCGUACUAUUAUCCACCAAUGGGACAGCCUGCUCCACCUGGGGUGAUGAUGGGAAGGCCAGCUAUGCCCGGGGUUGAUCCGUCAAUGUACGUUCAGCCUCCGCCACCGCCGUCGCAGGCGUGGCAGUCCGUUUGGCAGACUACUGAGGAUAAUUCUUAUGCUGGUGGAGGUAGCAAUGGACAGGGUAGCCUUGAUGGUCAAAGCUAAAGACCAUGUUUGCUGCCGAUCCGGAUGCUGAGUGGCACAGCGGAAGCUUUUAGUUAAUAAUGCUACAGCUCCUCUCAAAUGUGAAUGCACCUUAUUGCUACUGUGCACGGAUACUGGCUUAACUGUAAUGACUUAAAACCUUUAGUCGUCUUGUCUGUAUAAAACUGUGUAGUUUAUCAGAAUGCUUAUGGAGUUCUGGUUUUCAGUAUUAUGAUAUAAACUUGACCAUGCUUCUCGCAUAGCAAUUGUGUCAUGUUACUUCAAUCAGUUCUUUUCUGCCCUUUAGGGGUGGUUUGGUAUGAUGUAUAAGAAUAGUGCAAAAUGUGGUGUAUUAGUUAUGUUUUCAUUAGUAAUCUUGCCUUAGUUAUGCUGAUAA